CAACGUAGUCGCCAAGCAAAGGGCGGACGCGUUACACGUUAAGUACUCGUUAACAUAAAUAUAUGUUUAACAAAAUAAUAUAUUAAAAAAAUAAGACAGUGAACAAAUAAAACGAUUAUAGAAAUGAUGAGUGGCAACACAGUCUGAUAUGAAGGUUGAUAUUGUGUUAAAAAUGUAUUAUAUAUUACUUAUGUUUGUAUGUUGUGCUGUGAAAUCUGAAGUUGUAAGUAACUAUUAUGUAGUUGAAAUGCCGGAGUCGGAUACGCCACAGCAGAAUGUUAAAGAUAUCAAAAAAGACUUUAGGGUCUACUGGAACGUUCCGACGAUGCAGUGCACUUCCAAAAAAAUACUAUUCAACAACUUGUACGAAAAAUUCGGGAUAAUACAGAAUGAUGGAGACAGAUUUAAUGGAGAAAAAAUCACUAUUCUAUAUGAACCAGGAGAUUUUCCGGCGAUUUUUAAAAAUGAAUCCAGUGGAAAAUACAGAUUGAGAAACGGAGGUGUACCUCAGGAGGGCAACUUGGAAGAACAUAUAGAUGCUUUUAGAAUUGAUUUAAAUCAAACCAUACCCGAUCCGAAAUUUGAUGGAAUCGGUAUAAUUGACUUCGAGUCGUGGAGACCGGUUUUUCGACAAAAUUUCGGAGUACUCGUUCCUUACAAGGAUGUUUCAAUCGAGAUUGAAAAGCAAUUGCACUGGUGGUGGCCAAAGACAUGGAUACAGGCACAGGCUACCCAAAGAUUCGAGGCAGCAGCCAGAAGGUUUAUGCAGACGACUCUAUCGAUAGCAAAGCAAAUGCGACCCAAAGCCUUAUGGGGCUACUACGGAUUUCCACACUGUUUCAACAUGGCCAGCAAUAAUAUGAAGGAAACAUGCGCGAAGAAUGUUCCAGAAGAAAACGAUAGUAUCUAUUGGCUCUGGGCAGAAAGCACUGCCAUCUUCCCUUCAAUAUACAGCUCCGUCUCACUCUCCUCUACUCAGCUCUCUUCGCUUAUUAAUGGGAGAGUGAAAGAGAGCGUCAGAGUGAGAUUCAAAAACACUCCAGUGUUGCCAUAUUUCUGGUUUAGAUACCGCGAUGCUGGUUUUAUGAAACAGGAAGACCUAUCAGUAGCUCUCAGCACAUUGUACCAGUCGAAAGCAUCUGGUUUAAUAAUAUGGGGCAGCUCAAACGAUGUGAAUACUGUUGACAAAUGUAAGAAACUUUACAACUACGUGGAGACCAUCCUUGGACCGAAAAUAGCGAAAUAUACAAAACAGAAUGUGUUUAAAGAUGAAAUUAAUAAUACAUUAACAACCGUGGAACUUUCUACUACAGAAAAUCCUGAAAAUACAACUAUUUCUAUGAAAAUAGGACAAAUAGAUCCUGAAUAUGAUUGGAUUCCACCCAAAAACUACACUGAGGACAUAUCGCAGCAAGUCGAUGAAGAACUAACCAAAAAAGGCUUCAACAGAACUGAAAAUAACGAAGUGGACGUUUUAAGUUCAGGGACUGGUAUAGAUUUUUUAUAUGAUGCUCUGCUAAAUGUUGAAAGCAAUGGCGAAAACGAAGAUAUUGAGCAAACGACUAGAAGUGCUGAUAGUGAUGACAGUUCGCAAAGCACCGCUGUUACUAACAAUGGUUUAAAAGACGACAUGUUUGAUGUAUCCGAAGAUUACACUCAAGAGACAUCAACGAUAUUAGUAGAAAUCACAACUGACGAUCAAAAAAAUAUUCCCUAUAACCAUUCUACAACAAAUGUUAUUGAAUAUACAGAGAAUUAUACAAACGGAGAAAUAACCAAUGAAUAUGAAACAACACAGCUUAACACGGAUAAAGAAUCUGAAAAUUUUCAAUCAACAGAGGAUAGUUUCUACGAUCUUAGUAACUUUUUCAGUUCCAGUGAAGAGACAUCCGAUUACUUGAUCAAAGUUGAAAAAAUUAACGUUACCAGCGAAGAAACGUCGAGUGAUUAUUCUUAUAAAGAGAACUCGAGUGACUACAGUGAUUAUUUCGUAGUUCUAAGAUAUUAUAAUGUGAAUAAAACUAAAUCACAAAAAAGAAUGGUCCUUCAACAAAUAGACAGAGAAGACAUCAGUGAAGUGACCGAAAAUUCAGAUCAGGUUGUGACAUACGUUUACGGCAAAUGAUUUUAUACCAAAUAUAAAUAAUAUAAAUGAGCGCUUUGAACCAAUACAAUUGCAAUUAACUUAAAAUACUUAAUAUUUCAUAUAAUGAAUACAUACAACAAAACAGCUGGUAUAUAAUGUUGAAGGCUGAUUGAUUGAUCAAUAGUGAUGAAGUUCGAUCUCCGGACGAAAAAAAUAUAUUUAUAUGACAAAUGACAGACCAGUUUUUUGCCGAUCGAAGCAAAGAAAGGCUAGGAUAAAUCCCUUAGAAGAAAUCACGCCUUAUGCCCAACUCACAAAGCAGUUUUUUAUCUAAUGUCCACACAUAUGUAUACCAGAUAAUAUUAGUCUAUCUGUCACACUACAAUAACGAAUUAGUCUUGUUAAAGACCACCUUGGUUUUUGUAAUAGUAUAUAUUUUUUCAUAUAUUUAAUUUAUAAUUUUAUUAAUCUAUUAUUUUUAAGUUUUUCUUAUACAUAGCUCUGUGAUAUAUUACAUAAUUAACAAUAACCUGCCUAUAUUUUUAAUGUGUAAAUAGCUUUAGUACUGUACAUAUGUAAGUACAUUUAUUAUUUAAGAUUGUGUGAAUAAAUAUUUACGAACAUGAUAUAA